UAUUUGGGGCUUGACCUGGACAGCCGUUGGAGCUUCCGCGCUCAUUUCCGGAACCUGGUCCCUCGCCUUAUGGCAGCCGCCGGCGCUCUUAGCUGGCUGCUGCCAAACGUGAAUGGCCCGGGAGAAGGACCCCACCGCCUAUACCUCGGCGUGAUGCGGUCCAUGGCCCUGUAUGGGGCCCCCAUCUGGGUGGGGGCCCUAGGAAGGGAAAAUGUGGCCUGCCUUAACAGGCCACACAGGGCCAUGGCCAUCAGGGCCAUUAGAGGCUACCGCACCAUAUCCGGGGAAGCGGCGGGUCUGCUGGCGGGGUCUCCUCCGUGGGACUUGGUAGCGGAGCUCCACGCGUCAGUG